AUGAUUUCGGAUUUUCUCGUUCAACAUCCGAGUGGACCGUUUUGUGAGCUUAGUGAAGAUGAAUGGAAACAAGCGGUUGCAAAAUAUACGUCAUUAAGUGACGAUGAUGAUGUUAAUUAUCUUCGUCGAACAGCAACAAUUAGUAUUAAUAUCGGAACAGACGUAGGAUAUCGUAGGUCAGGAUUCGAGCAAUUCCUGAAAGGAUUCGACCAUAGCCUAGUUCCAGUUCCGCUUCCGUUGGCUCCAAGCACCACUGGACCAGCGCUUUCUGUUCCAGCUGUCGCUCCAAAAAUUCAUCAUACUAGCAAGGAGAAACCCCGGGAUUAUAGUCAAAACCCGAAAGCAAACCACCCCAACUCCGGGAAACCCCGUCGCGAUUCGUUUCUGCACUGGUUACAACGCCAUUCUUGA